GGAAGCCCGUCUGGUACACUAAAACUUUUCUUAUGAGCUGAUUUUGGGGAAAGACCGAAUCAUAAGAGUUUAUUGUAUAUAGCUUUAUCUUGUAUUUUUGCAAGAGAUUACUUACCAAAAACUUAGGGGAGUGAUACAUAACAACUUAAAAAAAAAAAGAAAAAAACUUGGUUGACUCUAAAAAUUCUAAGCAUGAGGGAAGUGAUACAUAACUCCAAUAGAAGAUCCCAAAACCCUAACCAACGUAUCUUCCGCUUUUAAUUAAAGAGAUUACAAUCUUAUAUAAAAAUCAAAAAAUUAAAAAAGAAAUCAGGUUUAUUGCCAUGGACUGUCUUUCGGAGAUCUUCUGUUCCCAGAAAAUCAAAGAUCAUGGUAAGCAAUUGAUUCAAAUUCCCUCCACUCCAUCCCAACCCCAUCAUCAAGAUCUGGUCAAAAAUGAUUCUAAUUAUAAAAAGAAGAGGCAGGCAAAUGACAAUGAAAGAGAUUCUUUAAUCAGAAAGAAUUUGGUUGAGAAGAAAAUUUUGCAUAGAGAUAUUGAAAGGCAUAGAAGGCAUGAAAUGGCUACUCUUUGUGCUACUCUUAGAUCAAAUCUUUCUUAUGAAUCUACCAAGGGAAAGCGCUCAUUAUCAGAUCAUAUGCAAGGAGCGGUGAAUUACAUCAAACACCUAGAGAAUAACAUCAAAGAACUUGAAAUAAAGAGAAAAAAGCUUGAAAAUUUGGCCUUGUGUCCUUCCAAGGAUGAUAAAUGUUUUCGUGACUAUGUGACAAUAAACUCAUGCGACUGUGGUGUGGAGAUUUUGAUCAAUGAAAGGGUUUCCCUCUCAAGAGUGCUUAAAGAGCUAGUAAAGAGACAACUCAAUGUUGUCAGCUGUGUCUCAACCAAAUUAGAUGAAAGAUUACUCCAUAGGAUUCAGCUUGAGGAGAAUGAUGUUUCGUGCACGUACAUGGAUGGUCUAGAACAAAAGCUUGCUGAGAUGAUUGUGUUCGACUCUUGAGUGAAGAUCGAUUUGGAUGCUUAAUGGAUGUGUGGACACUAGGAGAUAUAAGAAUAGGAAUGAGAGGAUAAACAAGGCAAGGUGGGAAUGACCUUCAUGGUGGAAAAGAUGAAGACAUGAGGUUGAAAUGGUUCGGACAUGUAAAAAGGAGGAGUAUGGAUGACUCAGUGAGAAGGAGCAAGAGGAUGGCAGAAGGUUAGAUAGAAGGUUUACUCACCGAUGAUGAUCUGAUAUCACAAGUUUUCAAAUAUUCACAACAUGAUGUUCAAAUAUCAAAUUGGGGAGAUGUGAUAAUUAGACAUGACAUUAUACAUCUCCAACUCUCUAAGAACAUAACCCUAGAUAGGAUCGGAGAGCAUGGAGUUCGAGGAUAUAUUACGGUAGAAGUUAGUAAGUAGUCUAGCGAUUUUUCUCUUUUCCGAGGGAGCAUAUAUAUAUGGCCUUAGUACUCAGCGUGGUUGGUUGCUAUCACUGCUACAUCAUACAGCUUGUUUUUCUUUCAUAUUUUCAUCAUUCUUAUUAUUCGUGUAUUUUUCUUUUCAAGUCAUUUCAAACUUUUUUUUUUUUGUCUGACGGUCUUUUGGAAAUAACUUCUCUCCCUUACCCUUACAAAGACAGCUUCCCCAAACCUCACUUGUGUGGAAUCACAUUUGAUAUGUUAUUAUUAUUGUAUGG